GACAAAUUAUAUAAUAAAUAUGAGCAAAAAUCUAUUCGAGAAAAAGACUUCACCUACAAAGCACGGUUUUGGGAAGAAUCUAUUUCAGAAAUCAUCGGGAGAACCUAGUCAGGGUGUGAAUCUUUUUAACUUGGGUUCUAACACUGGGAAUCCCUUUAGCACAUCAGGAAAGAAAAAUGUGGAGGCUUUUUCUUCAAAACCUCUACCUCCUUUGAAGAUUAAGUAUAAUAACAGGGUGAAGAAGAUUGCAAAUGUGCCGAAUACAUUUCAGAAGUUUGAAAACCUCGUGAAGAAGAAGUACCAAGAGUUCUCUCAAGGCAAGCAUUCUUAUAAGGUAUGCUACCUGGAUAAUGAAGAUGACCAGAUUGAUAUCUCAGAUGAUGAGGACUAUGAUGUCUUCCUACAGUUUGUUACAACUGCCAGGCCACCGUCUGUUAAGCUGUUCUUGAAUAGUAAGGCUGAAGGCAGAGGAUUUGACCGUGAGAUUGACGACUGUGAAACAGUCAAUGAAUCUAUCCUCGGAGAUACUAUGCUAGGAUCUACAGUAGACAGACCUUCACUUAUGACUUCACCAGUCCCUCCACCCGGUUAUGACUUCUCCAAAAUCGAGGAAUACAAGAAAGAAAUAGAGAUGCUCAAGUUCGAAGUUGAAAAAAACAAGAUCAAGAACCAGCUACUUGAAGAGAAGAGUAAAAUCGUUGCUACGAAGAAGGAGAUUGCCAAACAGAAGAAAGCUGUUAAGAAGGUCAAAAAGGGCUCAAAUAAGUCUAAAAAGGGUAAAGUAAAUAAAAAUAAAAAGCCUAAACCUGUUGCUACUAUUUUCGACCAAAAUCAGGAUUUGAUAGAUAUAAAGGAUCCUGAAGUCCACCCGAAUAUUGAGAUGGAGUACAAGUCUUUACAGUCAGAGAGCUCUGAUGAUGAACAUCAUUCUAAGAAGAAUGAAUCUGGUUCUGAGGUUGAAAUGAUCCAGAAAAAACCAGAGACCAAUAAAGUAUUCGACUCUGAUAAGGAAGAAGAACCUCUCAAGUCUGAAUCUGAUGGGGGAUACAACCCAUGCGAGAGUGACUCUCCAAAGCCACGUCAGAAUGACUCCUUCGAGCUGAUAGAUGACAGGCCAAGGGAGUUCUCAGAUUCUAAGCAUGAGCAUGCAAUUCAACCAGUUAUUGAGAAACCUAUUGAAAAGAUACAGAAGAAAAUACUCUGCCAACAAUGUAAGAGAGACCUCACUGAAGAUACCAGAUUUAUAUGCUCGAUUAGGGACAACUACACUCUAUGCGAGCUCUGUGAGAUGCACCGAAAUGACGGCUAUGUCUUUAUCAAGAUCCCUAAAGGUGUCGAGUUCAACUUUGAAGUCUAUGACAAGUUCUGCCAGAAAAUGCUCGGGAUUUACGAAGCUCCCUCUUACAAAUUGGAAGAGUGCCAGUAUGCCAUCAUGAACACUAAUAAGAGAAAGGAUGACCUCAAGAUUGGAAACAUGCUGAAGAAGAAAGCACAGAUUUUGAAUAAAGAGAGAUAUAGGGAAGGAGUCCCAUUCGAGCUAGGAGGUUUCGUCACCCUUAACUGGGAAGUUAAGAACAUGAUCCAUAAAGCCUGGAGUGAAAACAUGAUUUUUAUCUGCUCUAAUGACUCAGAUUUGACACUUAAUGAACAAAGAAUUGACUCCAAGCUUGGAGCUGGACAGAAAGGAGAGAUUAAUUUGAAAUUCAAGAUGCCUAAGGAUAUAAACGGCAAGGUUUUCUUAACCCUUAAGAUGUACCUCUUUGAUCUUGACGAACAGAAGGCUAUCGGAGAGCCUUUCGUUGUUAAUCUUGUUAAGGCUGAUUAA